AUUAGCUAGUUCUCCAUAGGAUUCUAUAUUUCUAUGACGUUUCCACCCACGAUUGUGACUUGUUCGGCAUCUUGAGAAAAGAAUUCGCGGAUAAAGCCUGUCUCAAUAAUUUGACUUCGCAUCCAACUGAUUACUAUUAUUAUCAAGAUUGGUAGUCGCGAAAAAAAAACUAGCCGAUAUCCUCGAGUAUUAUCAAGACCAGGCUGUACAAAAUGCCUCAGUGUAAUGGCAAAGAAGUCGGCCCCAUUGGGUACGGCUUGAUGGGUCUCACAUGGAGGGCAAACCCUUGCCCAGAGGAGCAAGCAUUCGCAGCCAUGCGGGAGUCGCUCACGAGGGGCUGCAACUUUUGGAACGCGGGCGAGUUCUACGGUUCCCCAGAGUACAACAGCACGGUGCUGCUCGAGCGCUACUUUGCCAAGUAUCCCGAGGACGCCGACAGGGUCGUCAUCAGCUUCAAGGCUGGCGUGGACGUCAAGACGCUGCACCCCGACGGCUCACCUGCAUCGGUGCGACGCUCGAUCGACGCUUACAAUGCAGUCAUCAAGGGCCGCAAAAAGAUCGACACCUUUGAGUGUGCCCGCCGCGACGCCAAGGUCCCACUCACCGAGACGUUUGGCGCGCUGGACGAGUGCAUCAAGAAGGGCGACAUUGGUGGCAUAUCGCUGAGCGAGGUGUCUGCCGCGACUAUCCACGAGGCAGUCAAAAUCGCAAAGAUUGACAGCGUCGAGGUUGAACUCUCACUUUGGAACCCAGAUGUGCUGCACAACGGCAUUGCUGCUGCUUGUGCGCAGUACAACAUUCCGAUAGUGGCAUACUCCCCCAUUGGACGAGGGUUCUUGACGGGAGAAAUCAAGUCGUUCGACGACAUUCCAGAGGGAGACUUCCGUCGGAACCUCCCUAGGUUCCAGCCGGAAAAUUUCGAGCAAAACAUCAAGCUCGUCGACGCGGUCAAGGUGAUGGCUAGCAAGAAGGGCUGCACACCGGCUCAACUGGCCAUUAACUGGGUCCGGUGUCUCAGCCAGCGGAACGGGUUGCCAGUAAUCAUUCCAAUCCCAGGCGCCACCACGGUCGAGAGGGUCAAGGAAAACUCAACCAUCAUUGACUUGUCGGACGAGGAGAUGGCCGAGAUACAAAACACCAUGUCAAAGUACGAAAUCAAGGGCGACAGGUACGCCGAGGGCCACCCUACUAAUACUUAAGAACCGCCAAAACUUCAAAGCUGGUAUUCAUUAUGACCUGUUGGGUGAACUGAAAUAUAGCAAGUCAGCGAUUGCUCAGGGCCGUCUUUGGGAUUGAAUAAAAUGCGGAGCCAGGAUGGACGCUGGAUCAGUGGUAGAAUGUGAAAAAUUUCCACAGAAAGGCCGUGAAGCCAUUGAGUAUUGCAGAAUUCUUAAAGAGUCAUCAUAUGCGGGUGCGGGUAAAAUGCUUUCUAGAGAAAGUAUGGAAAGAACUUACCAUAUAAAUUGAUUGCUCACCAGACUGAUCAUCCCA